AUGGUUCAUUGUGGAAAGCCUUCAAAAGGGUGUGGAAAUUUUGGUAAUGCCCAGACUAGAAAACUUAAAGCUAGCGAAAAAGAUCAGCGAUCACCCAGACCCAGUGCUACUAGAACAAAAGCAACAAGUAGAUCCUCCUCAUCGAGUGAACGGAGACUUUCAAGUCAAAGCAAUUCGGUAUCCUCAUCAGACUAUGAAGAUGACGACGAAUUUGAGUUGAACGAAAUCCUUACGGCUCCACGGCCAAGAGCCGCAUUAGCUCCAUCAAUCGUGCAACAGGGUACCUCAUACUUCAUCACCAACUUUUUGGCUGGGGCAUCCGGACCAUCACGCGGACAUUUUAAUUACCUAAAGGACCUUUGCCGCAAUGGUAGUCUAGAUGAAGCUUUAUCUACAAGCAUGACGGCUGUCAGUCUUGCUGCUCUUGUUAACAGAACCAAACCACCUCAACUAUUAGGUGAAGCUCAUCAUGAAUAUAUGGUUGCGCUAAGGCGUGUCAAUGGUGCACUUAGAUCCCCUACAGAUGCUGUCAAAGAUAUAACAUGUACCAAUCGAUUGUCUUUUAAAGCAUGGACCGAACACAUCAAUGGAGCCUCAACGCUUAUUAAGCUUCGAGGCCCUUCACAAUUCAAAACACGAGUGGGAGUUGGUCUGUUCAUGCAGAUAACAGCUCAUCUUCUCAUAAGCGUGCUACAGCGAGAGAUCCCGAUGCCACAAGAGAUUACGGCGCUACGAGCCGCAGUUUAUAAGCAACUCGAUCUCCGUGAUCUCGCUUUCCGGAUGCCGGCUGUUCUAGACAAAUUUACGUACUUCAGAUCCGAUCUUCGAACCGGCAAAAUAGGCGAUAGCGAACAAGGGGUCGAGACUAUGCAAGCUGGGGAGAAUAAAGCUCCAGAAAUCGUCUUCAAGGGUUCUUACGACAUAUAUUACGACUAUUGGAUAGCGCAAAUGUGGAAUUCGAUGCAAAAUUCUCGAUUCAUGCUAAAUGAGGUGAUCAGACAACACAUUCUCGAAGAUACACUGAUCCAAAUGCGCGAUGGAAUUUUACGCUCAGUACCCCAAUAUCUGGGCUAUGUAAGUCGUAAACCGUCAACCUGGACUCCAUCUCCCGGCCAUUCUACACCUCUAUCCAGCACCCCAUCAUCCCUCAAUAACCUCCCACCUUCAACUCCCAAUUCAAUCAGCAAUAUUUUCUCCACUCUCUACCCAGAUGCCUUCAUCCCUGGUACUUCCUCUAUUCCCGCUGAGACUGGCCUCACACCCCCGUCUUUCUCUUUCCCCGCAGCCGGCGCCUAUUUCCUCGUCUGGCCACUCUAUAUCGCAGCCGUAUCUCGUGUCACUUCACCCGAGGACCGCACCUUUGCCUGUACCGCACUCCGCCGUCUAACCAGCGAUAUGGGUAUUGCUCAAGGAGCAGCCAUUGCGCAUUUCAUUGAAACAAGUCCACGCAUGCACAACUCUGUAAAGGGCAAUGGAAAGGAAUUUGAGAAGCGGGUGAAAAAUAAUACAGUAGGGCUUGGCAGGAGUAUCAUCGAUAAGGAUAAGAUGUCGAAGGGCAUGAUUAAAAAAGCGGGACCUUUGCCACUUUAUACUUAUACAAGGGGAAUCGAUGAGAUUGAGGUCUGA